CUCCGGUGUCCACUUUGUCGACUGAGUGCAGCCCGCCACAGCUUCUUUCUCUGCUUUCACUUGUUUUAAAAGCCCGUGAUUGUCUCCUCGGCUUCAUCUUUUCACGUUGAUUGCGCCUGCUUGGCAGUUUCCGACAGCAUCACAAGACCCCGACUGUUUUUUCUUACGACAUUGUGCACAUUGUACUCGGUUGCCUCGCAUUGCACUGAGACUCAGCCUUUCUCAGAUUAUCCGAACCAAGCUUCAGCUCUGUGACACUUAACGUCUACACAAACAACAAAGUGUGCGUCAAACGACACGGGCCUUACGAUUGUAUCAUAUCAUAGGAGCAGUAUCUCAUUUAUAACCCGGUCAUCUGUUCCCGCUUGGGUACCGUCGAGUUAGCCGCGAGCUUCCCUCCCCCACCAUCCGCCACCCUACAAGAGUUAAGACAUCCCACCAGUCUUUACAAUGACCAAAACGCCCUCGAAACAGGUGUUUUUGGGCACAUUUGUCCACUCAAAAUCUGCACAGGAGCUUGACAGUGUCAGAAAUGGUGCUGUUGCCGUAGAUGAGGCCGGCAAGAUCCAGGCUGUUGUGCGUGACGCAGCUAACGCCGAUGAUGCCCUCACUCAAGCUUUGAAGGAAACAGGCUGGCAAAUGGACAAUGUUCAGAUCACUCGCGCUUCUGAAUCAGAAUUCUACUUCCCCGGCUUCAUCGACACCCACAUCCACGCCUCACAAUUUCCCAACUCGGGCAUCUUUGGCAAAUCGACGCUUCUCGACUGGCUACACACAUACACAUUUCCGCUAGAGUCCAGCCUCAAAGAUCUGACAAAGGCCCGCAAAGUCUACAAUGCUGUCGUCCGCCGUACGCUCGCCCAUGGCACAACAACAGCAGCGUACUAUGCCACAGUCGACGUCGGCGCCACGAACUUGCUGUCUGAUCUCUGCCUCUCGGCCGGCCAAAGGGCAUUUGUUGGCCGUACCUGCAUGGACCGACCCGGAUUCAAUCCCGAUUACUACUCCGAUGCGUCUCCCGAAGCUGCGGCCGAAGCAACACUCGCUACGAUUGAACACAUCAACAAGAUUGAUCCCCAACAUGAGAUUGUUGCGCCAAUCCUGACUCCCCGGUUUGCACCCUCAUGCACUGAAGAAUCCAUGUCUGCUCUCGCCAAGCUGCAGAAACAGCAUAACCUCCUCGCUCAAACACACAUUUCUGAAAAUGAGAACGAGAUUCAACUGGUCGCCGAGCUGUACCCCGAUUCGAAAUCAUAUGCCAAUGUCUAUGAUGACUGUGGCCUUCUCAACUCAAAGAUGAUCCUGGCCCAUGCAGUCCACUUGACGGAGGAAGAAGCAAUGCUAAUUUCCCAGCGCCGCGCCAAAAUUGCACACUGCCCCUGCAGCAACAGCUCGCUGACGAGCGGCGCGGCCCGCGUGCGCUGGCUCUGGGACAAGGAUAUCGACAUUGGCCUUGGAACAGACGUCUCCGGCGGCUACAGCCCAUCGAUCCUCGAGGCAGCAAGACAGGCCCUGCUAGUGAGCAGACACGUUGCGACGGGCGCGGUGGCGGCACAACAGGAGCGCUGCAAGCUUACCGUGGAAGAGGUUCUGUUCCUUGCUACGCGCGGUGGCGCCCAAGUCGUCGGACUUGAGGAUAAAAUUGGCGGCUUUGAGGUUGGUAAGGAUUGGGACGCGCAGCUUAUCGGCUGGACUUGCGCCUCGGACGGCGAUGCACCAGCUACCAACGGCCACGCUACAAACGGAACACCAGCCGCCCCGCGCCAGGAAGAAGGAAACAUGAUUGUGUUUGGCUGGGAGUCGUGGGACGAUAUUAUUGCAAAGUGGCUCUUUUGCGGCGACGACCGCAACACAAAGAGUGUCUGGGUAAAAGGACGACUUGUUCACGCCAGAGGAUAGACGACAACUGAUGAUGAUGACGACGACGAUGAAGAUGAAGGUGUGCAAGUUUCUUCUUACCCUUUGUAAAUUUCAACUAGAUUCGAAUAGCUUAUAGACGUUUCUUUUACUUCACCUGAAGCCAUCUCAUAGCCCAUUUGCAGCCGUGUUCCUAUGCCAGUUCUAUCGCCUAGCGAAGCAUAUGCUCUUCCGUCUACGCCGCUUACAACUAAUCCUCCUAUUUUCUUUGGGAACGUCCCCAGUUUGGAACUAUACCUACCUCAUCUCACCCACCUCACUCGCAAACCAAAUCACUAUAUCUUGCAAUGACUACCGCGCGAACUGAUCAUGGCUAUACGACAUCGGCCCUUCUGCAGACGUCAAAAGCUCCGGAUCAAUAGGAAUAUCCUCGCCGUAGGCCUCCACACCGCCCUCCUCCUCUUCUUCCUGUUCAUCUCCUCCAUCCUCACUAAAUAGGUCUCGCUCCUCUGAAACCCUCGACCCUUCCAUAUUAGGCGGCUCCUCAUCUUGCACGAGAUUCGCCACGUUGAUUCGCGUUCGUUGCUUGGGCUUGGCCGUCGCCUUCUCAACUCUGCCCUGGCGCACACCUCUACCAGUUCGCAGACUAAACGCGUUAGUCUUCAUCUCGGCCGCCAGCAUCGUCGACCAUUCCUUAAGUUCUACUUCAGUCAGAGGCUUGAUGUCCUGCGCUGCGCGCUCCCGGUUCCGAUUGAUACGCUUCGCCUUUUCGCGCGCCUUGUACUCCCGCGUGCGCUCCUCUUUCACGGGCCGGAUGUAGUCGCCAAUCUGGCGGUCCAGCGCAUCCCGAACACGCUGGUCUGUCGCCUCCCACUCGACCACGGCGUCGACGCCCUCGGUAGCAAGGCGUAGGCGCAGCCAGAGAUUCUGCGUGGCAGUCUCGACAAAGAGCCGCUCCGCAUUCUGCAGGGCUUCCUUCUUGAUCAUUCGGCUACGCUGCGCCGACUUGUUGUUCCAUGCUCGACCGACUUGGGCAAGGCCCUCGGCUCGCUUGGCUGCGUCAAGCUGUCGCGGCACGUUGGGCCGUGCUUUGGCCUCGGGGAUCGUCGUGGCUGGCAGAACGGGAGGGUUGUCUCUGGUAAAGUCUAGCUGUUUCUGGAGGAUGAGCUUUCUACGCGUGGCGUCGGUGGUGGGGAUACUGGGAGGGACGCCGAGGUUGGUGUCGUCGAUGUUGAGGCCGCCAAGUGUGAUGCGCGGGACAACUUGACGGCUUGGGGUUCGCGUUGCGGUGGCCGUGUAGGUGCGGUUUAUGUCUAAGUUUAGCUGGGUGUUCCGGGACCUCGCCCAAUCUUGCAUGCCGGUUCUAACCUCUGGGGCUGGUAUUCUUAGGAGCUGCGGGCUCCUUUGAAGCUGUGAACUUCUUUGAAGCUGUGAACUUCUUUGAAGCUGUGAACUUCUUUGAAGCUGUGAACUUCUUUGAAGCUGUGAACUUCUUUGAAGCUGUGGACUUCUUUGAAGAUGCGGGCUCCAAGGCUGAGUUGGUCCGACGGGCAAUGGGUAGUUGGAUGCAAGUGGGCUGGGUCCUGUUAGAUCAAAUACGUCGUUACCCCCAAAAGCUUGUGGCGUAUUGAGGAUGUUGUCGUAGGUGAAUUGGGGUCUGUUAGGCUGUGGCGCUCGUGGUGCUGGAGGUUGAAUGACAUCUGCUGUUGGAAAGGCCAUUGGGAUGUUGGGUACUUGGUUGGUAGAACCAAACAGGUCGUCAUCCAUUUGUCCGCUGUUAUAGAAGCUCAUUGCUACGGCUUGAUCAGAUCAAUUCUUGGAAGUAAGUAGUAUAGCUAUUCCAGAAAGCAAUGGCUUGCUUUAGUUGCCUCUCGUGGUUUCUGAGGCAGGCUGGUGAUAGUUCAUGUUAUGGUGUCGAGGAAGACUGACCUUUUUAUAUUCUGGAUAAG